CUGUGUAUAAAGGUCACACCCAUAGAAAGCGAAGGUGUUGUAAAUGUGAAAGUGAAAGUGUGAAGGGUCGUGUCCUCUCUCAGUCCGGGUCUCUGGUCCUCUUCUCCCGGGUCGUGUCCUCUCUCAGUCCGGGUCUCCGGUGCUCUUCUCCCGGGUCGUGUCCUCUCUCAGUCCCGGUCUCCGGUCAGCACCAUGCCGGACAGCGGCCUGUGUCUCGAGGCUCUGUCCGCUCUGAGCGGCUGUAACGUGGCCUCCACCACCGGCCCCUCUCCGCUCAGUCCGCAGGACUUCGUCAACAUCGUGGCCCUCCGGGAGUUUUACAAGCAGCAGGGCCUGCAGCAGCUGGAGUACCCGGGGGUCGGAGCUCUGUCCCUGGAGGAGCGGGAGGACCCGGAACUGUACAGCUCCCCGCCGGCACUGACUGAUGCCCCGGGGCCGCAGGAGAGUCUGAGGGCGUCGGUGAAGAUCAACCUGCAGGAGUUCUUCCAUCCUAAGUUCAACUACGACUUCACUUCCGUGCAGGAUGGCAACACCGUGUUCCUGAGGGGUAACGAGCGAUACUUUCGUCCCUGUGGGUGGAACCGCGUCGCCCUACGCGUCAAACAGAAGUACGACGGUAACGACUGCUGGCUCGGGACAGGUAAGGACGCCUGGCCUGUCUCUUACCACGCCCCCAACAUGGACGGCUCCCUCGGCAUCAUCCUGACCCACGACGGGAGCCUGGGGCACGAACCCGGGUUUCUGGACGCCGCCGCAGCAUCUCUGACCGCCGGUUUCACCAAGGGCAGAGGAGUGUACUCCACGCCAGACAUCAAGAUGGCGGAGAAAUAUUGCAAGGUGUUCAAGUCCAAAGUGGACGGGAAGAUGUACAAGGUGGUUCUUCAGAACCGCAUCAACCCGGAGAACAGGAAGAAGUGUCAGAGAGAAGACGUGUGGUUGGUUUACGUCCCCGAAGGGUCCAACCCCAUCCAGACCAGGGCCAUCGUGCAGGAGUCCAUCCGUCCCUACGGGCUGCUGCUGAAGCAGCUGUAGAAACACGACGACCACGAUUCAACGUCUGAUCCACAACACGAGAACCGCAACAAGAACAUCUCUCAGUCGAGUUCCCACCUCCAACGUCCUUUCAAUUCUGAAAACCAGUCCUCCAAAUAGAUCUGACUAGUUUCAUCAAGAUCCAAGAAAAACCACAUCCUUCUACCAAGUCGACUGGAGAUCAACAGAACACAAAGUGGGAAACGCUGCUGCUUCCGAUUGGUCAGCCUGCGGUCACAUGACCAGAAGAAACACGGCCCUGUUCCCUAACCCUGUAUUUUACGAAGUCUUUGAUUUUAUUAGAAGUUAUUAAGAUGUUUCCUGUUUCUUCUGUUUCUGUCCAAUCACGUUGCUCUAAACUUAAUGUGAUGGUUUUUAGUCGUAAACAUGGUGAUAAAUGAUCUUCAUACUUUAUUGUGAAAAGACUCACAAUUCCUGAACCUUCAAAUCCUGUUGUGGUCAAAUUGAUAAUUUUCCUCAUCAUUUUUAUUUUUUAAAUCAACUAUUCCUGUCAAUAAAUUUCUUCUUUCUGAAAACA